AUUCAUUCAUUAGACAGGGAAAGCUUACACAUACCAUCAUCAUGUAACACCGAGCACUAUGGCUGAAGUAACCCAAAUUUUUAUUUUUUAUUUUUCAAUUACUCUGGUAGAAGCUAGUCCUGGAGUUUGCUUUAUGGAAAGAAAUGAAAUUACCUGUUGUGCAAACUUCCAACUAGCUAGAGAUGGAAAGACGUGUAUACCCUGUGUCGGUGACUACGGUAUUCACUGUUCUCACACCUGUCCCUCUGGUUACUGUGGACAACAGUGCAGAACACGAUGUCAUUGUGACACCUGCGAUAUUUACAACUGUACUUGCAGAAAUGACACGCUCGUCGCAGAUGGAAAUUCAGGAGAUGUGGUCAGUGUUCUCUCCCCGUUGAUUGCGAUUAUUUCCCCUGUUCUGGGAGUUUCUUUUGUGAUUGUGAUAUGUCGGCUCUAUACACGUGAUAAAGGUUUAAAAGAAACAACAAACGCCCAACAGGAAACGGAGAUCAACACACACGUAAUCGUGGAUGACAACAAUGUAAACAACGCCCUCAGUCACAAUGCGCUUAGUGACGACACUGCCUAUGAUAUUUGUGUGCACCCCGGGGUCUAUAGAGAAAAUGUAUAAUCUAAACCAGAUGGUAUGGGAAGUCAGCUUGUGUAUGCACAAGUUAAUAUUUGCUGAAUAUUUUGCUGGAAAGCGGAUAAUAUACUGUCCAUCACGUCUAGAAGACUGCCUAAAUAAAUCAGCUUGUUGCCGUGAAUCAACUCUGUUCACUUCUUCCGAAAUGGAAAUGUGUACCUGCCUGGCGUCCAUAACAAAACCUUGAUUUGUUCGUGAGAGUGUGUGCUAGAAAGUGACCACUCAUUAAUAUUCCUUCUUUAAUCGAACAUGUUUGUCAAAUGCUGAAACAUCAUUGGCUGUAGCUCAAAUAACAACAGAAACCUAGUAACAAGACACCUCUGUAAUAAUAUUUACAUGUCGUUAGGACAGUACGUAACGCGAAAAUAUUAUCAUUGAAACAUUGUGACUGAGAUAUAGGACUGCUCUUUGCACUUAAACGAAUUUGGGUGGAAUUAUAAUGGCCAGUACUAAGCUUUUUCUCUCUAUCUAAUUAUAAUGGUCAGUACUAAGCCUUUUCUCUCUAUCUAAUUAUAAUGGUCAGUACUAAGCUUUUUCUCUCUAUCUAAUUAUAAUGGCCAGUACUAAGCUUUUUCUCUCUAUCGAAUUGGUAGCCAACAGUACUGUAUAGCCAGUUAUUUUUGGCGGGACACAAAAUUGUCAAUUUUUGGGUCCACAAGGUAUACAUUUAAUUUUGGAUAAAAUUUUGGUGGAGUCAGUUUUAUUCAUUUAUACAAUGUAUACUGAUGUACUUAAAUUUGGCGGUUUUUAUACUGGUGAAUAUUUAGAAAUCGCCAAAAUUAUAUACCCACCAAAAAAACCGGCAAUACAGCAACAGCUGCACUGACACACGCUUCUCGAGUUACCACAAUUUACUUCCUAUGUUAGAUAAAAUAAAAAGAUAGCGUACUU